GGAGAAAAAAUAGAAAAUGCCACAACAGUCAUGCAGCGGAAAACACUACAAUUAGAAAGUGGUGUUACUGGAAUUAGCAUUCUUUUUGARCUUUAUCAUUUGUAUAAAUUUGAUCCAGUGAAWGAUAUGGYAAUAGACAGAAUGCAYCUAACAUUCAAUAUGCUCAAGAGGGAGUUUAUAAMCAAAAUAUGGGCARAGCUAGGGGAUAAUGCAGGUACACCCAUAAAURACAGGGAUCCAGCCCUUGGUGGUCUUAYUGAUCGAAAAGAUUUUGGAAAUGCACUAGAAGCCAUACCUUGGCCCCGAGAAGAACGGGCAAAAGGAGUUGCAAAACUGAAAAGCCUAACAGAUAAGUUAGGCAGUUGGAAAUCAAAUGAGUUCAAAAAAUUCAGUGAAAUUGCAAGAGAGGUUUUAUCUGAGAAGAUACCAUCAAAUGCAUAUGAUUGUUUUAUGCUUCUUUGUCAAGCUGUCCAAAUGCUGUAUUCUAAGGAACUCAAAAUUUCUGGUUGGUCAGAAGAAAACAWUGUAAGAUUGAAUAACCUACUAUGGGCUCAURCAGUCAUGGCAGAGGAAUACUAUGGACUAGAAUUUUGCACUGACAAUUUAGAAUACUCGGCUCAUGCAGCAUCACAGAUAAACCGACACUCCAGCUUAGACAACUAUUCCUGUGAACUGUUUGAAAGAAUGAUACGACGGCACAAACAACAAAAACAUAAUUCUCGAGGGAUUGAAAAAACUUAUGCUUCUAGAGAGAGCAUACGGGACUUUCUGUAUUGGUACAAGCAGAAGAAUGGGGCACUUUCAAGUUAUGAAGAAAAACCCAAGUAUCAAUUCAAAAUUGAGAUAUUACAGAACGKAACACCACUUUAUUUGAAAGAAGCAUCCCUACAGUCUGCAAAUGACCUGUUGACAGACUUCAAAGACAUCCCAGAUGUAAGGAUGAGGCAUGCCAUUAAAUAUGGAGUACUUCUUGGCAAGGUUUCACAAAAAGCUUGCUCAUUGGCUGUAAUAUCAGACAUCCGGCACUUACGGCACUUACACAGAGAGACAGGACUGCAGAAUUUAGUGGUACCAAAUAUUCUGCAAACAUCUAAAAAUGUUGCACUGUUUGAUCAAUAUAAAGAAGUCACCAAAGUCUCUCAACUGGAUACCAUCAAGAUAAAAAGUACAAAUACAGCAGAGGAGUGGAUAAUGAAGGUUGAAGAAAUUAURCAGGUUGGUCCAGUUGAGCRCUUGUUCUAUACCUAUAUUAAYGGCACCUACCUAGUACCAGUAUUCCRAAAUGGUGAAGUUGAUUAUCACAUGUGGACAAGCACUCCUAAGUKCAUUACCCGAACAUACCAGAGAAACAGUGUGCAACCACUUGCUUCAUUUUGUAGAAAAGUAAUGAUGUACCCAGUACCAGGAAAUGCAGGAAACCCAAAUUACUUCCUUUGCAUAGACUAUAAAAAUGCAGAACUAGUCAAGACCAUCAAAGUUCCCAUUUAUCCUGAUGUUGGUGAGACAGUUAGAGUUAAAGGAACAGGAAACCAAGAAUGGUAUGGAAAAGUAAACCAUGUCUAUGUCACAGAAAGGAAAGCCAGAGUACAAUGGUACAGGGAAACCAGACGAAAUGGCAUUUGGACACUAACAAAUGGCGAAGAUGACAWWUAUUUCMGGUCUAUUAUAGGAUUAACAACUACAGAAAGARUAUUUGGUGGAUUCAGGAUAACUGACAUUUAAUUUAGGAUGUUCACAUUUAAUUUAGGAAGAUUAGAAACUCUUUCAACCAUUGAUAA